GACGUUUGCCUCACGAUGGAUGCCUGACAAAGCGUUUGUUGAUGGCCAACAGAGUCUCUAUAAAACACCUAUUGAAAAGUUUGACCCUCACUAUGUGAAGCGAACCAACAUGUUUGAGUUCCGUCACUUUGAGGUUCAGUCCUUGCAGCUUAAUUUCGGACCACAGCAUCCAGCUGCUCAUGGUGUCUUAAGAAUGAUUAUGGAACUUGAUGGUGAGAUUAUCAUUAGACUGGACCCUCAUGUUGGUUUCCUUCAUCGUGGUACCGAAAAAUUGAUGGAAUACAAAACAUACACUCAAAAUCUUCCUUACGUCGAUCGCCUUGACUACUUUAGCAUGAUGUCCAGCGAACAGUGUUAUUCAUUGGCUGUCGAAAAACUUCUCGGUAUUGAGAUUCCUCCUCGAGCCAAGUAUAUACGCACUAUGUUUGCCGAGGUUACGCGACUUCUCAAUCAUUGCUGUGCGCUGGGUUCAAACAUCCUUGACAUGGGCGCCAUUACCCCCUUCUUUUGGCUUUUCGAGGAGCGUGAAAAACUGAUGGAAAUGUACGAACGUGCAUCUGGCGCCCGUUUUCAUGCUGCCUACGUUCGUCCCGGUGGUGUUAGUCUUGACAUCCCCCUUGGAUUUAUGGGGGAUCUCUAUGAACUUAUUACCAAGUUGCCACAGCGUUUAGAUGAAAUCGAAGAUUUGUUAAUUACCAAUCCUUUGUGGAUUCAUCGAACUAAAGACGUUGGUGUUGUUAGUGCUGAAGAUGCUAUUGAUCUCGGCUUUACUGGAGUCAUGUUGAGGGGCUCUGGCGUUCAGUGGGACUUGCGGAAAACUCAACCCUAUGAUGCCUACAAAGACAUGGAGUUUGAUGUUCCGAUUGGUGUCAACGGCGACGUGUACGACAGAUUUAUUUUGCGUAUUGAAGAAAUGCGUCAAUCCUGUCGCAUCGUUCUUCAAUGCCUCAACAAGAUGCCUCCUGGUGAAAUAAAAGUUGACGACGCCAAAAUUUGUCCGCCUAAAAGGGCUGAGAUGAAGACCUCUAUGGAAGCUCUAAUCCAUCAUUUCAAGCUCUUUACAGAAGGAUACAGCGUGCCCCCAGGGGUGACCUAUACGGCUGUGGAAGCACCGAAAGGCGAAUUUGGUAUCUACCUUGUCUCCGAUGGUAGCAAUAUCCCCUAUCGAUGCAAGUUUCGCACUCCUAGCUUUCCACAUCUCGCGGCUUGCGACAAACUUUGUAAGGGCUUCCUACUGGCUGACGUUGUCUCCGUUCUAGGAAACUUGGAUAUUGUAUUCGGCGAAGUGGAUCGAUGA